CUAAUACGAUGCCCUGAUGUCAGCGCAGGCAGACGGUCCUUUUCAUCUUAUCUGCAUUCAAGACACUUUUGGCGCUGAGGUUUGUUUGUGUGUAUGCGGUGAGGUGGAGUCAUGCCGCUGGUGAAGAGAAACAUCGAGCCCCGGCACCUGUGUAGAGGAGCUUUACCUGAGACCAUCAGCAAUGAGCUGGAGUGUGUGACCAACAACACUCUCUCCGCCAUCAUACGCCAACUCAGCAGCCUCAGUAAACAUGCAGAGGACGUGUUCGGUGAGCUCUUUAAUGAAGCCAAUACGUUCUACCUCCGUGCUAAUUCUCUACAGGACCGUAUAGACCGUCUCGCAAUCAAGGUCACUCAGCUGGACUCCAGUGUGGAGGAAGUUUCACUGCAGGAUAUUAACAUGCGUAAAGCGUUUAAGAGCUCUACUGUUCAAGACCAGCAGGUGGUGACAAAGAGCAGCAUUCCAAACCCCAUCACAGAGAUGUACAACACCAGCGACAAACCUCCACCUCUCAACAUACUCUCUGCCUACAGGGAUGACCAUACUGAUGCAAUUAAGUUCUACACAGACCCCUCAUAUUUCUUUGACUUGUGGAAGGAGAAAAUGCUUCAAGACACAGAAGACAAGAGAAAAGAGAAGAGAAAACAUAGGGAGCAGAAGCGUUGUGUUGAUGGCACGUUGCCUCGUGAGGUGAAAAAGGUUCGUAAGGCUCAUAACCGCAGACAGGAAUGGAACAUGAUGGCUUUUGACAAGGAGCUGCGACCAGACCAUCAUCAUCAUCAUCAUUCACUUCACAGGGGUGUAUCGUCUGAGGGCUCGCUGUCUCCAGAUGGCAGACCACAUCCAAACAACUCAGACUAUCCAGUCCCAGCGUGUCACGCUCAAGCACGGGCACAUGCACAGCCGCAUCCCUUCAUGCCUGUGGACACAGCGUCAUCUAGCGCAAAUGGAGGGGUAGAGCACGAGUACCACAGCAUUGGAGGGCCUGUGGGUGAUGUAGGCUACAGAGUGGGUGGAAUUGCUCGAACACAUCCAACUCCUCCACAGUACCCACCCCCUGAAAAUGGAGUGAAUGGAAACAUCACGCUUCCACCAACAGAUUAUGGUAUGAUGGAGUACUAUGCCAGUUCAGGCCCGCCGCCACCUCCACCAGGUCCCGUCAUUCCAUCUGCACAGACGGCUUUCGCCUCACCUCCAGCUACUCCUCAUCCUGGAGCGAUCACAUCAGCCUUACGCUAUCCUCUUCCACCUCUCCCACCUCCUGGACCUGUUUUAGCUUCACCUCCUGAAGGUCCACCUCCUCCUCCAGCCCCUCCCGUCCCACCUCAUCCAGUAGCGCUUGGAGAGGGACGGAGACUGACUCUGCAGCCUGUCACAGACGCUCGCAGCGACCUGCUCUCGGCAAUACGCAUGGGUAUUCAGCUAAAGAAAGUACAGGAGCAACAAGAACAGCAGGCUAAAAGAGAGCCUGUGGGAAAUGAUGUGGCCACUAUACUGUCUCGCCGCAUUGCAGUGGAGUAUAGCGACUCAGAAGAUGACUCAGAACUUGAUGAGAAUGAAUGGUCUGACUGAUGAUAGUCAACCACACACACAGGAGUAAAUAUCAGGACAUAUUUUCACCUUCAGACAGCCAGUAGUUGAUCAUUAAAGGUGCUGUAUGUCAUUUUUUGACUCUUCUAAAGCACACAAAUACCAUAAUAUGUUUGCAAAUAUUUAGAAAAUAUUCAAAGUUCAUAUACUUGUUUUCCCCGAAUAACAGCGAUACAGCCAGUUAUUAUUCUGCUUUGAAAUGUGCGCUCUCUGUCAGAAUGUCUGUUUUUGUCUUGGGCUGUCUGACUCCACCCACUCUCAAUUACACCUAAUAAUAUUUAGACAUCCCAGGUUGCCAGCUGGCAGAAAGCACAGUGUACUGCAGCCAUGAAAAAGUCUUGACGUACAUCUAAAAAGAUCUGUGAUCAACACAAUUGUUCAUUUAAAAAGAA